AUGGGAAGGAAGGAGUUGAAGGGGGUGAUCGAUUUAUGUUCGCCGGAGCGAUUAGAGGGAGAGGUGGUGGUUGAUCUUGCGGGUACCCCAGUAAGAGGAGUAUUUUGUUUGAAAAGGAAGAAGGCGAACAUGAGAGAGAUUGAAGAUAGAGAAGAUUGCUUCAUUCUCGGUUUCGACCCUAAUGACGACUCCCUCGACCUUCCCCAUAUCAAAGUGUCCAAGGAUCUUCAUAACCCUAAUUCCCCUGACCUCUCCGUCCUCGCUGAAAAAGGCCAGGUCCAAAACCUCCUCAUUUUCCAACUGGGUAUCUCUUGGAGUAGUAUUGAUACUUCUUUUCUAUUUGUUCAUCAUGUGGCAUGUAGAGAUUACCCGCAUCCAAGACAUCUCUGCGUGAAGAAUUGCUUUGAGAAGACCCCUCACGAAAAUCACUGUGAAAUGUGCUUUUGUUUUGUUUGUGAUACGGCUGCCCCUUGCAAAAAAUGGUCCGGAAGUAAUGGUCAUUGCCAUGCCAUUAACAAUGAAGCAUGGAAGUCUCAGAGGAAGAAGACGCGACGACGGAAAGAAUGA